GGAAAGUAUUUCAAUGUGACCUGCGUCCGCCAUGCUGCUUUAACAGUACUGCACGCGCUCUCACACACUCACACACACACUCACACACACACACACACACACACACACACACACUGCAAUCCGGUGCUUAUCAGCGAAAGUCAGCCAGCUUCCCGACGGAGAGGUGAAGGCGCGAUGGCGGAAGAUAUUCAGCAGAAACUUCAACAGUACCGCACGGCUCCAUUCGACGCCCGUUUCCCAAACCAGAACCAGACCAGGAACUGCUGGCAGAACUACCUGGAUUAUCACCGAUGCCAUAAAGCACUGGAGGCCAAAGGGGUGGACGUGGCUCCCUGCGACUGGUACAAGAGGGUGUAUAAAUCACUGUGCCCUAUUUCCUGGAUUGAGAAGUGGGACGCACAGCGUGAUGAUGGAACUUUUCCAGGGAAGAUCUGAAGAUCUCUCUCCGUCCUCCUCCCCAUCAUCCUGAAGGGAAAUGUGUGUGUGUAUACGUGACUUGACCCUGUUCCCCUGCCGAGUGGGACCUGAGCUACAUUUCCCACGAUGCACCUGUGGCUCAGCAGGGCAGGGUGAAUCUGUAUAGUCAUUCCUAAUUACAGUGAAAUCUUUGUGUUGCAGCUUGUGUAUUAAAGCUCUCAGGCCUUGUAACACCA